AUGGCUAAACCGCGAGUGAUAUAUUGGUUCCGGACCGAUCUUCGUCUUCACGAUUCGCCCGCUCUUCAAGCAGCUUUAGAUCUCGAGCCGGAUGUUCUCUGGCCCAUUUUCACGUGGGAUCCUCAUUAUACGCUCUUCCCCAAACUAUUCAAAGCCUGGAAACCCACGCAUCUCGUCUUCGAAAAAGACACUGACGCAUAUGCCCGCUCUCGAGACGAGGCCGUUGCCAAAGCAGCCCAAGAGGCCGGAGUUAAAGUCAUCGUGCGAUCAGGCCGGACUCUCUGGGACAGCGAUGGAAUCGUUGAGAAGCACGGCGGUAAACCCACCAUGUCAAUCACCCAGCUUCAGGCUGCUGGGAAGAAGAUUGGGCCUGUUGCGAGACCGUUGCCUGCUCCUGAGAGUUUGCCUGAUCCAGGCGACAUGCCUGUAGAUUUUGAACAGCACUUUCCGGAUAAAAGUCGAGACUUCAACGCGGGGUAUAGAUCGGAGAAGGAUACGGGAUACAAUGCCAUUGCAGGCCCAAACGGCGACUUCGCAAUCGAGACGUUGGAAGAGCUCGGCUUCUCUCCCGCCACGACGCCCCAUCGCGGCGGCGAAUCCAUCGCCCUCAAAGCCCUCGACGAACUCAUCAAGAACAAGAGAUACACCGCAACGUUCGAAAAGCCCAAGACAAGCCCAGCCCAGUUCGAGCCCCAGUCCACCACCCUCCUCUCCCCCUUCUUCCACUUCGGCGCCCUCUCCGUCCGCCUCUUCUACUGGCGCGUCCACGAAGUCGUCGAAUCCUUCGGCAAAGGCGCAUCCACGCCGCCAGAAAGCCUCAUUGGCCAAGUCCUCUUCCGCGACAUGUAUUUCGCCGCCCAAGCAGCCCUCGGCCAGUCCUUUGCGCAGACCGCUACAAACGCUUACUGCCGCUUCAUCCCGUGGCAUCUGCCCUCCAAGCGGAAUCCAGAAACGGGCUUUACGACGGGAGAUUAUCACAUCGACAAGCCAGAAGCCGAGGAAUGGUUCCAGAGAUGGAAGGCCGGCGUCACGGGCUUUCCCUGGAUCGACGCCCUGAUGCGCCAGCUCAAGCAAGAAGGCUGGAUCCAUCACCUCGGGAGACACAGCGUCGCCUGCUUCCUCACUCGCGGCGGCUGCUACGUCGACUGGGAGCGCGGCGCCGAAGUCUUUGAGGAGUGGCUCAUCGAUCACGAGCCGGCCUGCAACAUUGGCAACUGGCAGUGGCUUGCUUGCGUGGCCUUCUUCACGCAGUACUUCCGAUGCUAUAGCCCCAUAACAUUCGGCCAGAAGUGGGAUAAAAACGGCGAUUUUAUCCGCCGUUGGGUCCCAGAGCUCAAAAAAGUAAAGGCAAAAUACAUCUACGAGCCGUGGAAGAUGCCCCUCUUGGACCAAAAACAGGCCGGUGUAAGGGUAACUGGCGACGGUCUUUCAGAGCGUCAGGAAGGGUCGUAUCCCAAACCCAUGUUUGACUUCAAUGAGCGACGAAGCAUCUGUUUGUCGGCUAUGAAGAAUGCCUAUGCCGUGGGGCUGCAUGGUAAUGACGAAAAGGUUUUGGAUGGGACCUGGCGGUCACUGUUUCCAUCUCCCGAUGAGGCUGAGGUCAUGGGCGAGUAUGAGAGUGAUUAUGGAGAGAAUGCAGAUAUCGGAGAUGAGGAAGAUCGAGAGAAAUUGGAUGGAGACUCUGCAGGGAUCAAGCGUGCGGCGAGAAAAAACAGUACAGAUGCCAAGAUAAAGAAGCAGAAGACAUAA